UUCACGUCAGUUAUCUCCAUCGACACCCUGUGGGAAAAAACUAGAAGUAUGUCCAACACGCGACAUCGAAUUUGUUCAAAGGAUCCCUAGACAAGGACGGGAAACGGAAUCAAUCGGAAAUGCGAGCAAGAGGGUGAGUGUCGCGUGGUUACUACCGGGUGGGGAUGAAGUGGGGAUGAAAACGUGGCCAAACGUCGCUCGUAUCAACAGGGUAAGUCUCUGACACAUUCAACUACAGGUUGCACGCGUGUGUAGACGACGUUGGUCACGCGCUUCAUUUCCGAAAUAUUUUCGAGGCAAGUGUGUCUUGUGUGGUGACGACAUGGAUCAUAGUUUAUCUCAGAACACACCCUUACACUGGGGUUAUUCCGCUAACAACCCCGCGACUACGUCUUGGACACCAGUGACUAGAGCGGUCAAAAGACCACUGUCAGAAAGUGACGACUGUGAUGAUGUGUUUUCCGAGGAAUCUAAAGACCAUUGCACAUCACCAGGGGAUGCUGACAGUUGCCAAAUGUUAUCGAGAAAAAAACGUAGAGGUGUAAUCGAGAAAAAACGUAGAGAUCGCAUAAAUAUGUCUUUGAGCGAGCUGAAACGUCUCGUACCAAGUGCUUUCGAGAAACAGGGUUCUGCAAAGCUGGAGAAGGCUGAAAUUUUGCAGAUGACCGUCGACCAUUUGAAGAUGUUGCAUUCCAAAGGUAUAGACUCAUUCGCUUACGAUCCCCACAAGUAUGCAAUGGACUAUCAUGGUAUGGGAUUCAGGGAAUGCGUGGCCGAAGUCGUCAGAUACCUCGAAAGAAUAGAAGGACUCGACGUUCAAAAUCCCCUAAGGCUCAGAUUGACCUCGCACCUUCAGUGUUGCGCAGCACAAAGGGAACUCGCUAGCAAACAGGCGACAACAAGUCCUUGGGGUUAUGGCUCAACACAGCCUUACCCCCCACCACCUCCACUCAACACAUUACCAUCAGCUCAUCAAACUGCACAAUCUCACCCUAUCACCAAUUUGAACACGCAUCAGCCGACUCCAAUACACCACCACAACAUGCACCAUGAGCUUGGUCACUUUGACGUUUCGACUUCUUGCGCUCAAUCUUCUUCGUCUGUGCAGACCACUGACUCAGGCAGACUGGCUUCAUCGACGUCAAUUCUAACACCUCUGACUUCCACUACAACUUCCGCUUUGGCGUACAGUCCUCAUCAGUAUCCACCAAAUACAUUCACCAUUCCCACAUCUAGUCAUCACCAAAACUACAACCAAAGCAACAUACCAACUUCACAGGGAAUGAAGCCUUACAGACCAUGGGGUGCCGAAGUAGCGUAUUAGGUCAAAUAUGCCUUUAAUGUCUUGUACAAAAGCUCCGUUUACCAUAAAAAGAAAUGUUUCUAUUCGAUUUUAGCUCCGACAGUGCCAUGACGAAAUUGAUGUG